CCGGCUCCGCUCGGUGACGGACGGGCCGGAGACGAAGGGCAGAUAACGGUUAUCAGCCCCCGGGGAUUAAAUAACAGGACCGCAGACAACGACCGUUCCAGCCGCCCCCCCCCAGUCGUCCUCACACCCUCCUCUCCGUUAGCGGCGCGAUGAACCGGCGCCGGUAGAGCGACACCGGGGGGGAGAAGUUGCGCGCCGUCCACCAGCGAGGGGCGGGGAUGGGCCAUGAUGGAGGACAAAGGGCCUCGUGUAGCCGACUACUUCGUGGUGGCCGGUCUGACGGACCCGUCCAAGCCGCUGGACCAGGAGAUCCACUUUGACGACGUCUGCCACAAGUCGGCCACGCCGAGGGCGCCCAUCACCGACGUGGCGGUGGUGAUCCGCUCCAUGGGCGAGGAGGUGCCCCCGGGCUUCACCUGCGUGGAGGAAACGCCCGGCGGCCACUCGGCGGACCUCAACAACGGCGGCCUCAUGGCGCCUCAGAUCUUCCUGUGCUACAGGCGAGGCCGAGACAAGCCGCCGCUCACCGACCUGGGCGUGCUGUACGAGUGGAAGGAGCGCCUCAUGCAGGGCUGCCAGCUCAUCCAGACCACGGCCUCCGGUCGGCCCGCCAACAUCAGCGGCAACUCCUCCCAGCGCGUCUACGUCACCUACCGCCGGGCGCCCGAGAGCCGGCCGCACUCGGCGCUGGCCGUCACCGACGUCUGCGUCAUCAUCCCCAGCAAGGGGGAGACGCCCCCCCACACCUUCUGCAAGGUGGAGAAGAACCUCAACAGCAGCAUGUGGGGCUCCUCCGUCUACCUGUGCUACAAGAAGUCUGUGGCCAAGACCAACAUGAUCGCCUACAAAGCAGGUUUAUUCAGCAGGUACCCGGAGGAGGACUACGAGUCCUUCCCUCUGCCCGAGUCGGUCCCCCUCUUCUGCCUCCCCAUGGGGGCCACCAUGGAGUGCUGGCCCCCCACCACCAAGUACUCCCUCCCCGUGUUCUCCACCUUCGUCCUCACCGGGGCCUCCGCAGAGAAGGUCUACGGAGCGGCCAUCCAGUUCUACGAGCCCUUCCCCGAGGAGUGUCUGAGCGAGCAGCAGCGCUCCCAGCUGGGUCUGCUGGGCCCCGACCCACAGCCACCCUGCACCACCAACACCACCAACACCACCUCCCCCACGCGCUCCGUGCACACCAACAAGUGCAUCUGCCUGCUCUCCCAUUGGCCCUUCUUCGACGCCUUCCGCAAGUUCCUCACAUUCCUGUACCGCUACUCCAUCUCUGGCCCCCACGCGCUGCCCAUCGAGAAGCACAUCUGUCAUUUCAUGCACAAAGUUCCCUUCCCUUCCUCUCAGAGGCCUCGCAUUCUGGUGCAGCUCUCUCCUCACGACAGCCUGAUGCUCAGCCAGCCGGUGUCGUCUCCUCUGCCACUCAGCGGCGGCCGGUUUUCCAUGCUGCUGCAGAACCUGGGCCCGGAGAACGCCGUCACCCUGCUGGUGUUCGCCGUCACCGAGCACAAGAUCCUGGUCCACUCGCUGCGGCCCGCCGUCCUGACCAGCGUCACCGAGGCCCUGGUGUCCAUGAUCUUCCCGUUCCACUGGCCCUGCCCCUACAUUCCUCUGUGCCCGCUGGCGUUGGCAGACGUGUUGAGCGCCCCCUGUCCCUUCAUUGUUGGAGUGGACUCCCGCUACUUUGACCUGUAUGACCCCCCGCCUGACGUGAGCUGCGUGGACCUGGACACCAGCACCAUCUUCCACAAUGAAGACAAGCGAGCCCUCACGUGGAAGAUCCUGCCCAAGAAGGCCUGUAAGAACCUGAUGAACGUGCUGAACCUUCUCUACCAGCAGCUGGUGGACGGUCAGCAGCGCUGCGACGGGCAGCUGGAGCUCAGCGUGAGCGCCUCCUCGGAGCUGAGCUGUGGGAAGAGCCUCCAGGCGCUGGAGCUGGAGAUCCAGGAGGCCUUCCUGCGCUUCAUGGCGGCCAUCUUGAAAGGCUACCGCUCCUUCCUGCGGCCCAUCACCCAGGCGCCCUCGGAGAAGGCCACGGACGCCAGCUCGCUCUUUGACCUGCAAGGGUUCCUGAAGAGCCGCGACCGCUCACACCAGAAGUUCUACUCGCUGAUGACCAAAACCCAGAUGUUCAUCCGCUUUAUUGAGGAGUGCUCCUUCGUCAGCGACAAGGACGCCAGCCUGGCCUUCUUCGACGACUGCGUGGACAAACUUUACAACUCAGAGCGGAGUGGAGACAAAGGAGGAAAGGCGGAGGGCGAGCGAGCAGAGGAGAGCCGCCUGAUCGAGACCGACGAGUCCCAGCGCAGCGAGCACACCGUGUUCAUCACGCCCCCCGAGCUGCCCCCACUCCCCGAGGGGGCGGAGCACCCUCUCUGUUACAGGUACGACGGUUUCCCCGUGUUGAGUCUGGACCUGUUCGACCCCCUGGAGGGCCUCAGGACCCCCACCUCCCGCCUCGCCGCCAGGCACAGCUGCCCCACAAGCCCCGCCCCCAUGUUCAGACGUACGAAGCAGGAGAUCAAAUCAGCCCAGAAGAUAGCCAGGAAGUACUCCUCCGUACCCCAGCUGUGGUCCAAGUGCCUCCUGCGCCACUGCUACGGCCUGUGGUUCAUCUGCCUGCCGGCCUACGUCCAGGUCUGCCACUCCAAGGUGCGGGCGCUCCGCACGGCGUACGACGUCCUGCGGAAGAUGCAGGCCAAGAAGCUGCAGCCCCCCGACGAGGUCUGCUACCGGGUGCUGAUGCAGCUGUGUGGACAGUAUGGACAGCCCGUCCUGGCAGUGCGGGUCCUCUUUGAGAUGAAGAAGGCCGGCGUGCACCCCAACGCCAUCACCUACGGCUACUACAACAAGGCAGUGUUGGAGAGCACGUGGCCCUCCAGAACCAGGGGAGGCUACUUCCUGUGGAUGAAGCUGAGGAAUGUGGUUCUGGGCGUGGCUCAGUUCAAGCGGGCACUACGUCGCCAUGCUCCGAUUACCCAGAAUCCUUUGUCAGAUGGCAGCGACCUGGACGCCGUGAGUCAGGCCAGCUUGGAGAUCUCCGCCGACGCCCCCCUGGCCCGGGUCGACCCCGCCGACGACAGAUCCAGCACAGCGGCACGCGGGGGCGGCUGCGUGGUUCAUGCACGGCGGGGGGGAUGGGAGCCCGGAGGAGCCCCCCCCCACCCAGGGGACCAAUCGGAUCUGGGCUACAACUCUCUGUCCAAAGAGGAGGUCCGGCGAGGAGCUCCGGACACCAAGAAGGAGAGCGACUGCAGCUCCCUGUCGGAGUCGGACAGCACCAAGGGGAGCAAGGACCUCCUCCCCCAGCCGGACACGGAGCUCCACUCCUCCUUCAGACCCCGCGGCAUCGUACGCAGCAGCUGUCCCUACGGCGACGCCUCCUGCCAAACCAAGGGCUCCUCCAGCGCAGACCACGUGGCGGGUCUCCUCUUCACCUCCUCCCUGGAGGAGAUCGGCGAGGUUCGAACCCGCAGCCUGCUGAGGAGACACAAGAGCGCUCUGGAGGACGUGGUGGGCGGGGGCUCGGCAGGCGGCGGCGUCCUGGGCCUCGGCAUGAGCCGGGGGGAGACCGACCCGGACAAGAUCGCGGGGCACCUCGGCGCCGACGUUAAGAUCCUCUCCGCCGCCACCUUCAGCGAGAGGCCUCGCUCGCUGGCUCUGGGCUGGGCGGCCUGCAGGGAGGGGGACGAGGAGGGGCGGGACUCCAGCGACGAGGACAGGGGCAACGCGGACGCCAUUUUUGACCUCGAGGACCUGGAUUCGGAAAAAAACCCCACAGGGGGGCGGAGCAGAUCGCACACGAAGGUGGUGGAGCGCAGCGUGAAGCGCACGGAUAUCCGGGCGGGCUACGACCCGCUGUCCCUGCUGGCGGCGGAGUCCCGGCCCGACGAGGACGAGGACCGGUACCCGGGGGGGGCCGAGGUCGGCACGCCGAGCGCCCGCGGGCACCUGGCCCGGGAGAUCGAGCUCUACAUGAACCACAUGGGCAGCCCGCUGAGCAGCCGCACGCCAAGCCUGGACCUGCAGGACUACGGCGGCCCGCUGCUCCUCCCCCCGGCCCCGCCGCUGCCGCCGCCGGCGGGCCCCCGCAGGGCCAGCCUGCCCCACGGCUCCCCCCUCAGGGCCGCCGGGGUGACGCGCUCGCGCACCUUCCACCCGCCCUCGCCCUCCCGGCCCGUGCCGCGCCAGCGCCUGCUGUCCUCGCCGUCCUGCCGCAGCUCCGGCAACACCACGCCCAGCGCCAGCCCCCGGCCCAGCCCCCGCAGGGACCGGGCGGACCGGGGCAGCCUGGCGUCGCCAUCGUCCUCCUCCUCCUCCUCCUUCGCGCUGGAGACCCUGCUCACGCCGUCGCUCGACGUGUUCAAAACCAGCGUGUUCUCGGCGGGGAAGGGCGUGGCGGAGAAGGCGAGCCGCUGGUACUCGCGCCUGUCCACGUACACCACGCCCACCAAGGACGCUCACAGCGACCGCCUCAGCGUCUCCUCCCUCGGGUUUGGGGAUCCGGACCGCUCCUCCCCGCUGGAUGAGGAGGACCGCGGGGGCUCCGUCAUCUCUCCGCAGAGGAACGGCCCCCCGGGGCCCCGCAGGAGGAGCCCCCGACGCAGCGGGCUGGACAGCCCCUCAUCGCUGCUCCCUGGAUGCGUCCUCUCGCCUCCCGGCUUUCCUCUGACGGACAAGUCGGACCUCGGCUCCUCCCACUACACCAGCAACACCAGCAUCUUCAACAGCUACGCCAUGGAGCUGCUGAUCUCCAGCUGCUCUCGCUGUAAGACGUGCGACUGCCUGGUGUACGACGAGGAGAUCAUGGCCGGCUGGACGGCGGACGACUCCAACCUGAACACCACCUGUCCCUUCUGUGGGAACCCCUUCCUGCCCUUCCUCAACGUGGAGAUCCGGGACCUGAGGGGACCCGGCAGGCUCUUCCUGAAGGGAAGCUCGUCGGUGGAGGAGGCCGUGACCUCGUCGUGCUCCGCCUCCACGGGUCCGGACACCGGCGCCUCCACCCUGUCCACCCCGUGUCCCACCACAGCCGUCUUCCCCCCGUCCCCCGAGGGUCCGGGGAGCAGACGGACCCGACCCAGCAGAGCUCAGGGCAUCAGCGGCCCCUCCCCGGCCCCCGGGGCCCCGAUGGCUCGCAGCAUCAGCGCCUUCGGCCCUCUGGACGAGCCGCCACGCCUCCACCGCGGCGUGCCCACGUCGGGCAGCCUGCCCAGCCGCCUGAACGACACCACGGACCCUCUGAACAUGGAGUGGCGGCUGCACCACCCUGAGCCGGUGACGGUGCCCUACCUGAGCCCGCUGGUGCUGUGGAAGGAGCUCGAGAGCCUGCUGGAGAACGAGGGCGACCCGGUGAUCACAGAGGCUGACGUGGUGGACCAGCACCCCAUCAUCUACUGGAACCUGGUCUGGUACUUCAGGAGGCUGGACCUGCCCAGCAACCUGCCGGGCCUCAUGCUCACCUCAGAGCACUGCAACAGGGACUCACAGGUCCCUCGUCACUGGAUGUCUGAGGACAGUAAGCACGUGCUGAUCCAGAUGUUGUGGGACAACCUGAAGCUCCACCAGGACUCUGUCCAGCCGCUCUACAUCCUGUGGAACACCUUCAAUGUGGGGUACCCUCUGACCCGGCCCGUCCCCGAGGAGGAGAAGCCGCUCAGCGAGGAGCUGCUGCACAGCGUGGUGAGGAGCAUCCAGAGGAACGACGUGGGCCGGCCGAUGGCGCAGCUGCUGCAGCUGCUGGCGAACACGCUGGGGGUCAAACGGCAGAGGAGUCUGUACCGAGACGUCCUCUUCCUCUCCCUGGUGGCUCUGGGGAAAGACAACAUCGACAUCGACGCCUUCGACCGCGAGUACAAGUCCGCGUACGACCGCCUGCCGCCGGCUCUGGUGAAGCUGACCCACAACUGUGACCGCCCCCCCGGCACCGGGGUCAUGGAGUGCCGCAGGACGUUUGGAGAGCCUUACCUGUAACGCACACGCACACGCACACACACACACACACACACACACCUGGACCGUCGUCGAGCUCAGGAACGCAAACUAAAGUGUAAAUACUCAGUGGAGGAUAUUUGUAAAGCGUACAAAGACUAAUGUUAGAAUUACUUUAACUUGAAGUCAUUUUAUACAAAAUAAGCUUUAUUUAUUGUUGUGUGUGUUUUUAAGUUUAACGUGUUUUAUCAGUCAGAGAAACCAAGAGAAAUGGUUUUAAUCGAAGCCGCAGUGAUCAAUAAAUCUGUGAUUAAAGCAUCACUACAAUAAAUCCUUCAACACUUCAAGGACAAAAGGAAUGAAUACUACUACUAAAUAAGUAUUUGUUAGCCGUUAUGUUCGUUAUCUGAAGAUAAAUGAUUGCUGUGCUUCAUCAAACUGAUCAACGAUCAAUGUUUCAUUUUAAUGUUUGUUUACUAAAACGUUAUUGCGUUUAUGAGGUUCAUUGUUAAAAAAAAUAAUCAGCUUUUACGGAAUCUGUUUAAAAACCAGUUUAUUUGGAGCGAGAUUUUAAAUAAUUGAGAAUAAUCUCAUGUCCAACUGUAUUUACAUUUUACUCUCCAAAAUAAAAGCUGGAGGACAGGAAGUAGAAACAGGAGCAGUCGGAUGAGAGCUCUUAUUGUUUAGGUCAUUUCAUCUCUUAUUAUUGCAUGUUCUCUGCUUCUUUGACACGUAGUCUAAAUAAAGACUAUUUUUGUGCUCAUGUGAAUUAAAUUCAUGAAAAUUCAUUCAAACGGCUUUAAUGUCGCCGUAAGAAUGUUUUUUUGUACUAUAGAAAAACCUCUACUGUAAAACACUUAAUUCAGAGUUUAUUUCGAGUCAUUUCUCUGUAAAAAUCUCAGAGAAAAGUCUCUGAUUCUACAGAUUUAACUUUGAUGCGGUUACACUAUUAUAUGAAUUAAAUGUUUUUGUUGAGCUGUCAUUUCUAAAGUUUCAUUAAUUUAAAGUUUUUGCUUUGUGAGUUGUUUUUUCUCAGUUUGAUAUUUUUUGGAAACUCACCUUGACGUUUAAUUCUGUGUAAGAAUUUGUGUUUCAUAAAUUACGGAAAACAAAUCA